GCAACUUUUUCAGUUGCCUCGGCCACAAACAAGUGAUUAUAGAGGUGCAGGCUUCGAGAAUGAACGCCUUGUUCAGUCGGCUGAGUCUUCGUGAUGACGGCGGCGAGGUGAGGAUUUCGUCCCAAUCGGGGCAGUCGGCCUCGUUCAAAUGGAGCCCAGGGGCCUCCUACGCCGACUUCCAGAAGGAGUUCACCGAGGCCUGCUGCGAACUCUUCGGCACCAAAGACAGGGAGGCAUUCAGCAUCCAGGUCAGCCAUCAAGACACGUAGACUGUGAGCAGACAUGCCAUGGGAUGCGUUGUGUGGUUCAGGCCGGUGCUGACAACCCGACUCUUGUUGCCCUGAGGGACGUCUUCAAGGGCAAAGUGACGGCCGUCACACUCGUGGUAAGACAUCACAACCGGGGAGGGCAUGGCCAUCCCAUCACGUGCUGCUUGUUCUCUGUCUUGUGUUGAUUCGUCAGCCGUCGGGCGGGAAGCUGGAAGACGCGACGGCUGCCACCCGCCCCACCUCUGCACCCUCCCUUGCACCCGCCCCACCUCUGCCACCUCUCCACCCGGACAAGCCAUCCGGCCUACUCGCCGCCCCACCAGGUGCGAUGAAGGCAGGCAGAUUAAACAUCGGCUGGCUGAUGUUUGGUGCCGUUUUUGUGUGCAGGACCAGGUCGGAUCAAGGGUCAGUCGGGUGCCAAUGCGGCGGGGGGGAGCCAGAUCAAGUUCAUUCAGCUGAUGAACGCCAACAAGAACCCCAAUCCCAGUGUGGACAAGAGCAAGCUGACCAAGGAGGAGGUCGCCAAACACAAAAAGGGCGAGGACGCUUGGACGAUUCUCAACGGCAAGGUCUACCACAUCUCGCCCUACCUCGACUUCCAUCCUGGAGGUCAGUCCAGUCACCAUACACACGCACACACACACCGACAUGGGAACCUGGAGAUUCAUUGGCAUGUGUGUGUGUGUGUGUGUGUGUUCGUGUGGUCUGGUCAGGCCGUGCGAUACUGAUGUCGGUAGCUGGGAAGGACUGCACAAGUCAGUUCAACAAAUACCACCCGUGGGUCAACGCUGAUGCGCUGCUGGGUGAGUGACGUGACCAGCACACCGCACCACACACACAGCCCAGCCUGCCGACUUUGCAGGGAAGCUGUUUCUCGGUCCCGUGAAGAGUUCGCUGCCAAAGCUGUCAGAGGAGGCAGACGAAGAGUGAUGAUGAUGAUGUUGAUGUCGGGCUGUGUAUGUUUGUUGUGUGGCUGCAUGUUGUUGCUGCAUGGCAGGGGGUCCAUCCAACCAAGUUGGCUGUGUGUGUAGAGCCGCAUUUAUUGCUCAUGCGGCGAGGGCCUUUUCUGUGUCGAUAUGUGAGUCUCUCUCUCUCUCUCUCUCUCUCUCGGCUCUCUCUGACGUGACCACUGUAGCGAUACACAUACGUUUGUGUGAGCGGAGUGAAGCUCUCUGGCCAGGUGCAUGAUUGUACAGACAUUGUCUGGGCGUAGUUGCUGCUUGCGGCAUUUUUUCAGUUUCUUUUGCUCUCUUGACCUUUUGAGAUGCCAAGUGAAAG